AUGUUUUUACAGUGGUUGCUAUGGUAUACUGUAGCAAUUGCAGUAAGCGCAACCGAAUUUGACAGUUGGAGGAAAAUUGGAAGCAGAAUUCCAUGGUAUUUGUCAUCAACUUCUGGUUCACAUACAUUCACAAAUUACGACAGUAAUGGAUGGAAACCAUAUUCAAUAAUAGAUGAUGGAUUACCACAUCAUCAAAUGACAACAUAUAACCAAAAUAGCGCAUCUCAAUUAUUGGGAAAUGGGGAAUUACUGUGGAACAUUCGAAAUGUACUUCAAAAGUUGAGUUCUCAAAUAAACAUAAACGAUUUACAUCCCAUAUGGAAUAGUAUUAAGAAUGGUGAACUGAGUAAAAAAAUCGAAAUGUUUCUCCAACAGCAACAACAAGAAAGACAAUCCCAGAAUAAUGGUUAUGAUACACUUUGGAAAGAACGAAGACGAUUUAUGCCUCAACGAUGA